AUGGCACACAACCCCUUCGGCGGAGAGGAGCGUUGGGUCGUGCAUAAUGCCAUGACCCCGCGUUAUACCCUGGCCGAAGUGAUGGACAUGCUCGUGCGCCUGGCCGAGGAAGAGCGUCGCCGCCCUACGAGCAGCGGUCCGUCGCACCCAAUUGAUCCGAAUGGCCAGCGGGGAGAGUCCCAUGGUUCGAGCGGGGCCGACAACAGCAGCGUCAAUAAUCCCGGUGAUCGGCGAUACUGGGACAACGUGUCGCCCGAUUCUUCCUUCCUGAACGCCUACCUCCCCUCCAUCCUGCCCGAACCCGCUCUCAUCCCCUCUCGCCUUCGGGAGGCUCGGGUCAGCGAGAACGUGGAGGAAGGGACAGGAGGAUCGACCGACUCGAACUCGGGCACCUACCACUCGUCGCACGCCAGUAGCGCCGACGAGGCUGAUCCUCCCGUCUCUCACGCCCCGUCUUCCGAUUUUGUGCCUUCCUCAAACCUGUAUCGCUCCGUUUGUCCGACAUCAGCUCUUCGUUCUUCGCCUCGUCUUCCUGGCCCCGGUUCUCCCGUUCCCGCCACCUCCUCCUAUGCUACGUUCCACGGCGACACCCCGCCCCCCGCCGCCCUCUCCGCCUCAGGCCAUUCUUUUGCUUUUCGCGGUCGCCUGCCGUCCCCACCCUCAGCCUCGGCCAACUAUAACCAGUCCACUUCCACUGACGUGAAGGGGAAAGCUCGUAUGUCGUCUUCUAUUCCUCUUCGCCCGUCGCGUCUCUCGCUCUCUACCACUGCCGCCCGACCGGAGACGACAGCGGCGUCGUCUGUGCCGUGGGUGUUCAUCGGCAGCGCUCGGUCAGAGCCGGGCUCACCGCCGACCGUUUCUCGGCUCUCCGCCAACACGCCCUCUCUCCCUGCCAACGCGCCGGCCCUCUCCGCCAAUGCGCCCACCGCCGCUUCUGUAGUCGCUCCACCUGAGGGCGGAGCGGCUGAAGCCGAGGAGCCGGAGGCUUACACGCCCAUAUUUGCGGAGGAUGGCGAUGGCUCCGACUGGUACGCCGUUGUCCGAGGCCGCAGGGUCGGGGUGUUCGCCAACAACUUGACAGCGGUUGCGUCCGUGAACGGUAUCAGUGGCUUCGCGAUGAAGCAAUACAAAACGCGCGCGGAGGCGAUGAGGGCGUUUCGCGAGGCUGAGCAGUUUGGACUCGUGUGUCAGGUGGGCCCGCAGAAACAGGUGCCGCCAGUCUUUCAUCGUCCGGGCUCCUCGUAA